AUGACACAAUCGUUGUCCAAAUAUUAAAAGACUUUGGAGUUGUAAAGCAUAGUAAAUGAUAAACUAAAUCAAAUCAUUUCAUCUGAUAAUGCUUUUCAAAAUAUAGUAGAAUGCUUUUUUGUUGGAUUGAAAAAAGAAAAUGAUAAGUAGAUAGCUAUCAAGUGGCUUAUUUAAAUGAUACCUAACAAUAAUUAUCUUAUUUAAUAGAAACAAAAUUUAGAUGAAAGGGUCUAGCAUUUGAGGAAUCGAAGGCUAUAAUCAGGGGAUGAAUCCGAGUAAAAUAAGAAGAUUUGUCAAUAAUAUGAGAAAUUGUAUUAUGUAAAAUAUACUAAGAAUUUGGAAGGACUUAAAGAAUAUCUAAGACAAGAUGAAUUUUUUAAUAUUUGUAGAUUUCCUAUCUCUUUAAAUUCAUAAAACUCUGUUUUUGUAAAGCUGAAUCAUUAUGGCUUCAAAAUAAUAGAUUUAAUAAUAUAUUGUAGAAAUCCUUCUUUUUAAUUAAAUUCUAUAACAUUAAAAAAUUUAAUUUUUUUUUUUUUUAUACCUGAGGAAUUAUAAAUAGAAGAAAAAGAAAAAAUAGGAUUAUUUUAAAUAUUAGGAGAAAUUCUUUGUAAUAGUUGGAUAUAAUUCGAAUAUCAUUAUUAAAAAUUAUAAUAGUAAAAUUAAGACUAAACUUAAUUACAAAAACAAUUGGAUAUAUUAAAAUUAUUGUAGUAAGAUUCAUCAAAAUUAUAUCAUUCAAUACAACAAAUAAUAAAAUAAUUAUUAAAUAAAAAUGAUUCAAGUACUUUACAUUUUACUGAUAUUGAGAAUCUUAUUGAUAAACUAUUACCAAUAAAUUUUGAUCUUUAAAUUAUUUUCUAUAUGAUGUGCUUUUAUUGUUUAAUUAAUUUUGAUUAAUAUUACAAUCAGAAGUUGGCAAAAAAUAAUAAAGAUGAAAAAUUUUAAUUACUUAAUCUAUAUCUUUAGUUCAGAAGGGAUUCAACUAGGUAAAUUGAUGGAGAAUUAAUGAUUAAAUUAGAACAAUAUUAAGAAAAACAAUCUUCCAAAGAAGAGAAAUUGUAAAAAUUGAAACAACUUUCUUUUUAUGAUUUAUUAGAAAAGAUUUUUGAAGAAAACUUAUAUACUCUUAAUAAAAAAUAGCAUAUUGUAAAUUUGAAUUUACUUAAUCAGAAAAAUGCAAAAUUGUUAAAUAUAUUAACUAAUAUACGUGAUGAGAAACAACGUGAAGUAGCAUAAUUAUUGAGAACCCUGAUAUAGGAAAAUAAUUUAAAUUAAAUUAUUUUAAAAAUAAAUUAAGAAAGAUAAAAAUAUUUGUCUGAAGAACUAGAAAUUAUUCUUCAAAUUGUGAUAGUAUAUUUAGAUAGAUCGGGUAUUAAUUUUUAACUGCUUAAAUCAGCCUUAUAGUAGGGCAGAAGUGAAAAUGAAAAGAAGGAUAUUAUUAAUGUAUCUGAAUUUGAAUCUUUGCCAUUUCUAUAGUAAAUUAAUUUGCUAGCCCAAUUUUCAGAUGAUUAAUUAAAAUUGGUUCCUAAUUAAGAUCAAAUUGCUAAUAAUUUAAUUUAAAAAUACUUAAAUAAUGAAACUCAAAAUUAUAUUGAAGUUCUUUAAAUUAUCAGAAGAUUAUUUUAAUAAAAUUAAGCAUUAAAAUAGUUUAAUUAAUUAACAAAAUUAUUCUCUCAACUUUUUCAUUUAAAUAAUAAUUAAAUAUAUCAAUUAAUAUAAGAGAAUAGAUUAAAUUAAGUUUCUUAAUAGAUUUAUAUUAAUACUAUAAGUAUCUUACAUUAUCUUUUCAGCAAAUUAAAGGCAGUAAAUGAAAAGCAAGAUUUCAAGGACAGUAUAAGAAAUAUCUUAAGAUUUCCAUAAAUCUAUUGUUUUAAUAAUUUCCUUGAAUUAUUUUUGGACAUAUAAUUAAAUCUAGAAUAGAUAAAAAAUGUUUUCAAUUUAGUUUAUUAUUGGUAAACAGAAUAAAAUUAAUAAUUAUAAAAUUCUGCUGAAAUUUUUUAUAUGUAAGAUGCCGUUCUGUAUAGAAAUACAUUUGAAUCAAUAAAUUAUUUUAACAAUAAUUAAUUAGAACCUACAAUAUUUGAAUAAAAACUUAGAAGUGACAUUUAUCCAAGAAAUCUGAAUAUUUAAUUAGAAGAAUUUAAUAUUUCUAUGACUCUUUUAGAUAAAAAAUAACAACAAAAUUUAGUAAAGGAAUGGAUUUAGGAUGUUAAGGAUUCUAAUAAUUUUAAAAAAUUAAUACCAUUCUUUUUUAAUAUUAUAAAAAGAGGAGAAUCAUCUAAGACAUUCUUAUCAAUUAUUAAUUAGCAAAUAAAAUAUAAUAAGGAACUUUCAAUAAAAUAUGGAUAUUUCAAUUAAAAAUCUAUAUUUUAAAUAUUCUAUAAUAAUGCUAAUGAUGAAUUAAAAGUAAUGCUUUUAAAACUUAUGAGUAAAUAAUAUCCAAUUCCAUUAUUAUAUAGAACUCCUUAUAAUGCAGAAACUGGAGAAUUAGAAAAAUUAACAUUUAAUAUCAAUACCUUUUAUGUUUUCUAAGAAAACUUUCCAAUUAUAAAUUUAAGUCUAAAUGAAAAACAAAAAAAAAUUGGUAAAACAAAAUUAAUCAAUAAAAUCUUUUAUUAAUAAGAUAAAUUUGAAAUAUAGGACAGUAAUUAAUUAAAUAAUUAAACAAUUGAUAUUAUGUAUGAUUUUGAAUUUUAAGGUUCAAGAAACCUGUCUGUAGCUGAUGCCCAUAAUUUUAUUCCUUUUACUAUUUUAGAUGAUAUUUUACCAAUGUUUAAAUUGUGGAUUAUUUAAUUGGAUACUGAAAAAGAAAUUGAAAUGACAAUUUAAAACUUAUAAAAAUUACAAUCUUUUUAAAUUAAGGAAAAAGUAGUCUGCUUUUUAAUUAGAAAUUCAUCAUCUUAAGACUUGAAUGAAAAUUAGAAGGAAUUAUUAUAUUCCUUAAAUAUCAAAUAUAAAAAAAUAAUUGAUUUAUCAGACAAAGAUUUAAAUAAAUAAAUGGAAGAUGAUGAAAUCGAAUAAGUAUCUCAAUUUUUGUAUGAUAUAAUAAAUCAAAAUAGUAAAGUAUAUACUGUAAAUUAAGAGCAAUAUUUUAAAUUUAUUUGUUAAAUGAAGUGUCAAAAUUUGGAAUAAACUAAUGAAAUUAAAUUAUCCUAAAAAUUAUUUUCUGAUAUUGAAAAAGAAUUAGAAAAAUAAAUGAAGCAUGAAUAAGGUUUUUACAAUAAGAAUGCUUUUCCAUUAAGAAGCAUUGAUUAUUAAAUCAAACAAGAAAAAGAUGAGUAUAUUCGAAUUGAAUAGAGUAAGGAUGACCAAACUAAGCAAUAAAAAUUACAGCGAAUUAAUCAAAACAUAAAAGUUUUAUAAUCAUAAAUGAAAUCAUAAUAACCAACAAAAAUAAUCUCUAAAUUUUGUAGUUUAUUAAAAAAACCUAACUAUUAUAUAUUAUAUCUUCAUUUUGUGGAUAUAAUUAGAAAAUUUAAUGAAAAAAACACUUAUGAAUUAUAGGGUUAAAAUUAAAAACUUAAUGAAGAAAUUUAAGAAUUAAAAAAAGAAAGGGAUGAGCUAAAAUCAAAAGAUAAAAAUAAAGAAAUCACAAUUAAAUAAAUUUAAUAAAGAGAUGAAAUAUAAAAAUUAAUAGAUGAAAAAGUUCUAUAAUUAAAAUAGAAUUCGAAAAUAAUCUCAAAGAGAAAUAUUGGGAUUGAAUUAUUUUGGAGAGAAAUCAUAUCUUAAAAAGAUUAAUGUAUUAAAUCAUAAAUUGACAUUGAUCCUGCAAAAAUAAUUAAAGAAAUGAUUUCUAAAGGAGAACCAUAUGAAUUUUUGGAUGGAGACCAAUUAAGAAUAGACUAAUAGUUUUUAAUAAAGCUUAUUUCUAAUUUUAAAGAUUAAGGAUAGGAAAGGAUUUUAGUAUUAAGUGUAUUAGGACCAUAAAGUUCUGGUAAAUCAACAAUAUUAAAUAAAAUAUUUGGAUGCCAUUUUUGGACAAGUGUUGGUAGAUGUACGAAAGGAAUUUAUUUAUAAUUAUUAAAAAUACAUAAUAAAGCAUUUUUUAAUAAUUUAUUUGAUUACAUUAUUAUAUUAGAUACUGAAGGUCUUUAAAGUCCAAAUUAAGAUGAUUAAGAAUUUGAUAAAAAAAUAGCUCUCUUUGUAUUAUCGAUUAGUGAUAUUAUACUCGUUAAUGUUAAAGGUGAUAUUACAAAAGAGUUUAGAUCAUUAGUUGAAAUGUGUAUAUAUACUUUAGGAUAAAUGAAAAGUUUUACAAGUUCAAAAUAAAUUACUUGGUGUUUUAAUUAAAAUAAUGAUGUCAAUAAUUAUGCACCAUUUUUAGCAUAAUUACAAUCUAUUGUAACAAGUUUAAGUACAGAAUUCAGUAAUCAAAAAGAGGAAGAUGAGGUUAUAGAUUAUACUGAAAUUCUUGGAAUUACUUAAGCAAAUAUCAAAAUUUUAGGAUUUGCAUCUACAGAAAAAUUAUGGAGACAAAAUGAAAGCGACGGAAUUUAUGCAGAUUGGCGCCAGUUAAUUAUAAAUGGAACAUUUUCUGAAGAAGCAUAUGAAUAUGGGAUUAGAGUUAUUAAAGCAUAUGUUGAUAAAUUUGGUAGAGGAGAUGAUUAAGGAAGAUAAAUGGAAAAUUUAUAAUAUUUUAUAUAAAAGAUUGAAACAACUUGGCAAAGUAUAUCAAGCCUACCUGAUUUAAUAGAAUUUUCUCAAUUAAUAUAUCAUUAACAAAAUCAAUUUAUGAGGUAAUAAUUUAAUGAAAUCAUGAAUAAUUAUGUGUUUCCUAAAUAAAAUGAUUUCAUCUAAAAUAUUCAAGAGAGUAUUUAAUAAAAUAAUUUAAAAUUAUCUCUUGAAGCAUUGACUGAAAUAGAGAAACAACAAAUCAAUUAUAUGAAUGGGCAAUUCGAUUAAAUCAGGAAAGAAUUUAUUGAAAAAUUAACAACCAUCAAAAAUGAAAAAAAAAUUUCUAAAAAGGUUUUUACGAGGUAUGUGAAUAUGGUUAAGGAUAGAAUUAAGAGUGAAAUUGCAGCAUGUUAAUUGAUAAUAUACAAUGAAAUCAAAACUUAAGAAACUAAUUUAUAAAAGAAAAAAGGGGUUCAUUUUAAUUGAUAGAUUUAUAUAAGAGUUACUAAAAAAGGAGGAAGAAUUACAAAAAUAUAAAAAAAACGAAAACAAGAUAAAAAUGAAAUUUAAUGAAAUUUGGGAGAAAAUCUUAAAUGAACAUAUUAAGUAAUAAGAAGAGAUGUUUAAAGAGUGUUGUGAUAAAUAACUAGAAGUUAUAUAAUAAGAGUUUUAAAAGUAUAUAUUGAAAACAAAUAAUGAACCUUUUUAUAAAUAAAAGUAUCAUUAAAAGCUAAUUAAAAAAGCCCCAGAAAAAGGUGACUUUUUAACUUCACUCGAGAUAUUUAAUCCAGAAUUACAAACUUAAUAAUUUAUGGUUGUCGAAAAGACAAAUAAAAAUUACUAAUAUUAUGAAAAUUUUUGCUAAAGUAUUUCAAAAAAGAUAGCCAAACUUAACGACAAAUAUGUUUUAUAAAUAAAUAAUUUCUACUCUUAUAAAAUUGAAUUAAAAUGGAUAACAAAAAAUAGUUUUAAUAACUAUAUAAAAACAGAUUUGAAUUAAGAUAUUAAAUAAUAUUACAAUAUUGAAAAAAAACAAGGCAAAUAAGCAAUUAAAUAAUUUUUAGAGCAAUUCACUAUUUUUGGCUAUUAAAUUGAUGAAAAAUAUAUUGAUCAAAUAUUUAAUAAUUUAAAUUCUUGGUAUGGGACAGAUAUAUCAUAAUAACUCAUUAAAUGCUUCUAACCUAAUUAAAGACUAUACUACAAUGACACACAAUAUGAAAUAUCAAUCAAUUUCAUUAACUAACAUUGUAAAGGCUUAGCAAAAAUUGUUUAAAAAAAAAAUUACACCAUUUAUAUAUUUGAUAAUUUAAACAAUUUAAUUAAAACCUAUAAUUAAGAUGAUAAUUUUCUAUUGGAAAAGAAAUAAGAUAUAAUUGUGAAUGAAAAUUUUUAAUCUUAUAAUAUUUUUCAUUAUAUCUAGAAUUAAAAGGAUAACUAUUAGCAUUAAAAUCAAAUUAAGAAUAAUAUUGCAAAAGUUGUCUAAGAUCUGAUGAAUGAAAAUAAUAAUGAAGGCUGGAAUAAAAUGUAUGGAGAGAUUCAUUAAAUGAUACUAGAUGAAAUUAUUGACAUAAAUAAAAAUGCCAUUAUUCAAGAAAAUGAAAAUGUCAAAGUUAAUAAAUAUAGUUUUAGUUAAAUUAAAAGAAUCAUGUAAAAAAUUGAAGUGUAAAUUAAAGAAUUUAAUAUGUAAUUCUCUGAUUUUGGUGUAAUCUUAAAUGACCUAGGAGAGAGAUGUCUAUUUUAUUAUGCCAUUUUCACUGUGUGGAGAAUAUUAUGUUUUGGACUAUAUCAAUCUAUAGAAAGUAAUAUUAAAGAAUUGAAAGAUUAAACUGACGAAUAAUAUAUUAAAUUUAAGGCUGAUAUUUAAUAAAAUAAGAAAGAAUAAAGUAAAAUUAGAGGAUAAACUUAAGCUUAAGAUAUCAUCAAUUAAGCAACUUAAAGAUGUUAUUAGUAAUACUGUAAAGAAGCAGAAUAAAUAAUAGCCAUUUAAAGUAAAGAGUCAAGCUUUGAUUUAAUGAAGAAACUUGACAAAGAAAUUCUAGAAAGAUCAGAUAAAAAUAUUACAGAUGAAUAAAUUAUAUCAUAUAUCAGAAAUCAAUGUGCUUAUAUAGGAAAAUAUGUUAAAGACAAAAUAACUAAUAUUAAAUCAGAAAUUUAAAUUAAAUUAACAAAUAAAUUAAGGUAAGAUUUGAAAUCUCAUCUUUAAAAAGUUGAUGCAAACACAAAAAAUUUACAUGAUUUUGUCACUUAUGAUCUAAAGGCAUAAGACUACUUUAAAUAGUUAAACAAUCCUGAUGAGGCUCCAGAAUUAUUAUAUAAAAUAGUUUAAAGUUGUCUUUAAGGAUAAGUUUAAUAGAAUUUAUUAGAUUAAAUAAAAGAAGAUAAAAGAGAUGCAUUCUAAACUUAAGAUUUUCAUAUUUUUGAUUUUCCUUUAUGUAUGCCAAUUUAAAAAUCAGAUGCAGAAAUAUAAAUAUUGUUAGAUUUUGUUAAGGCUUUUGAAAAGAAAAUAAAAGAUUCAAUUUCAAGUUUAGACACUAUGCAGAUUGAAUUCGAAAAACUUAAAGUUUAAGCUGAUUUAGAUGCAUUACAACUAAAAUAAAUUGGAUGUUUAGAAUUCUGUCCUAUUUGUAAAAGAAAAUGUGAUUAAGAAAUUGAUGAUAAUAAUCAUUAACAUUAAUGCAGAAAUGGACAUUAAUUAAGAGGUAUUUAUUAUAUUAUAAAUUAGGCAUGAGUGGAGUCUUAAUUGGUUGUCAUCCUUCUUUAUAUACUUGUGAAGAAAUACAAGAUGAUUUUUUCAUAUCAGAAUUAGAAACAUAAAAUAUAAAAAAGUGGAAAGAAAUUAAAUAAAUAUAUAAUACAUGGUUAUUUUCUUGUCUCACGAAAGAUGAGUUAAAUUUAUAGAAGGAAAAAUUCAUGAAGAUUUGGAAUAACAAUAUUGGACAGAUGAUUUGCAAAAAAUUAACAGAAGAAAUUGGAAAAGAUAUAUUUUAUGUUCCAAAGUAGGAAGUUGAGCUAGGAGCAAAUUCAGGAAAUUAAAAGACAGCUCAUUAUAUAUUAAUGCUAGAUGACUCUGGAUCCAUGUAUGGAAGACCUUUUGAAUCUGCUAAAUAAGGUUUGGUGGCUUUUCUUUUUGAGAUUCAAAAAAAUCCUAAUUCAAGGGUUACUAUUAUUAUUUUCAAUAGCUCAGCUAGAUGUGCUGUUGACUAUUAAAUUCCUAAUGCUUAGGCUUAAUAAUCUUAGAUAAUAUAUUAAGGUGGUGGAACUAAUUUCAAUGCAGCCUUUUUGCUUGCUUGUGAGAAAAUUUCUUAAAAUAAAGAAUUUGAUAAAUUCGAUUCGUAAAUAUAUUAAUUUAUAAUUAGCCAUUCUAUAUUCUUUUACACUGAUGGAGGCGAUGGAUAUCCUAGAUAAGCUUUGGAAAAAUUUAAAUAAAUUACUCCAGAAAAAAAAUAAAAAAUAGAAUUAAUUGCUUGUUCUGAAGAAUAAUCUCCAAUUACAUUAAUCAAGGUUGUAGAAUUUUUUAAAUCAAACUUUGGUUUUGCUAAAUUACAAGCUUCAAUGUAACCUUAAUAGAUUGCAUCAGUUUGGAUAGAAGAAGUGAGCAAAUUGACUCAUUAAAUAAAAAAUUGUUGA